CCGCCGCGAAACCCUACGCGCGCGGAUCACGCGCCGCCGCGCACGCCCGCCGCCAUGCCCCUACAGCACACCUGCCUCUCUACGCGCGGGUGAUCCGCCCGCACAGCCCUCCGCAAACCCGCCACGGCCGCCGCGAACGCCGCUAACUACCUGCCCGCAAGCCGCAAUCCCGCCCGCCGCGGCCGUAGCAGCCGCCGUGACCUCCACGAAACGCCCGCCCGACGGUUGCCGCACGCCAUGUUCGACCCUACAGCCACGACCUACCGCACGUCUUCCUCCCCUACGUCCUCCAGUCGCACGAGUUACAUGCGUUCUCAACAGUCGCGUGAUCCCGCCUCGCCUCACCGCCGCCCUGCGUGAUCCGAGCGCGCAGGGGAGGCGAGCUCAGCUGAGAUGACUGAGUGGUUACGGGGGGUGGGUGCAGGCGCUGCGGGGCAAGGACCUCAACGACAUGUUCCCGGUGACGGACGCGGAGGCGCCACCCACCGCCAACCCCCGCGGCUUCGCCAACCUCCUCUGGAAGCAGCUCGACCACCUCGGGAACGCGGGGUUCGAUCUGGCGCUCUUCCGGGUGGACGCGUAUGGUCUACCUGCACGCCGACUUUGCCUCGCCCCUCGCCUGGGACAUCGACCACUGGUUCCCGUGCGCCAGGGGAGGGAAGACGGUGCCGAGCAAUCAGCGGAUAAUGCAGUGGCAGGUGUGCAGGAAGAAGCAGAACAAGCUCGAGUUCCUCAUGCCGUGGUGGGAUCUGCAGCUCGGCGUCUCUGUCAACCAGUUCCUGUCCAUCUUCGCCUCGAAGAAUUCCGACUUCAGAAACAGAGCAUUGGCGUUCUUGUUUACCCAUGGCGCCAGCGAGGAACUGAGCUCGCUGCAGGUGGUGGAGGCACACGCGUUCCCUCAGCACUUCUCUGAGAUGAAAACGAAAGUAGGGCUCGCCCCUGCUGCAAUUGUUUCCUCUAGGGGUUCUGACAACUCGGUGCUGACGAUAUAUUUCCGUUGCAACGCACGGGCACCCAUCUAGUUGAACAAUA